AUGGAGCAAGGCAACGGGUCGCCCCCGAGCCCGGGGAGCGCCCCGAAGGGCAGCCUGCUGACGGGCGGCAUGAUGCGCGUCUUGUCGCGGCAGGAUCCCGCGAAGCGCAUCACGGAGGACUCGGACGCGCCCUCGGUGGCCAGUAGCCGGGAGUUUCUGGAGCAGCAAUUCACUUUGGAGGAGAUCAGAGACGCCGACCACCUCCCCAUCGGGGACCGCCUGGCAGAGGAGAUGAUGGGCAGGAACCAGUACAACGUCACCUUCGGCGAGGACGUGAACCCCCUGGCGGUGCUGGUGGACGAGGACCGCAUGAUUAACGUCUCCGACGAGGACUGGGACAAGCUGGUGGCGCGGCAGCAGCGGCGCAGGAAGAAGCUCGUCGAGCUGCACACGUCCAUCAUGAAACGCGAGGCCGAGCGGGCGGCGCGUGCGGCCGGGACCCCAGGGGACGACAAAUGCAUGAACAUGUGCGGGAUGGCAAGGAGCAAGCCUCCGAGGUUGCCGCGGGACGUGUCGCACACCGGAUUGAGUGCGGCGCCCGCGGAAGACAGCGUGCUGGGCGCCACGACGCCGCCGCCCGUGGUGGCCCGCGGGGCGCGCGGGUCGCUGGAGGCGGCAGCCGAGGAGGAGGCCAACGGCGAGCGCACGACGGCCAGCCGCAGCACCGAGACGACGCAGGGCCGCAAGCAUAAGCGGUCGAAGAGCGAGGUCAGCAUGACGUCGUCGCAGCUGGAGAACGUGAACGAGGACCGUCUGAAGCUCAACAGGCUGGCGGCGGGCCACCGGUCGAUGCUGGGGCUGCCGAUGGUGUCGCCGUCGACGGACUUCGUGCGGUACUGGACGCUGCUGAUCCUGGUCGUGGACUCGGUGUACAGCGCGUUCAUCGUGCCCAUCACCGUGGCCUUCGACCUGAACCCCGCGUCGUGGUCGUGGGCCUCGGUGUGCGACUUCGUGGCCGGCGUGAUCUUCAUCGCCAACCUGAUCAUCCAGUUCUCGAUCGGCUGGGUCGUCACGAACAAGCUCCGCCGGAAGCUCGUCAUGAACGGCCGCGACUCGGGGCAGUUUUACAUCCUGCGCGGCACCUUCCUCAUCGACUUCCUGGCCAUCCUGCCCUUCCUGCUCCAGCUCACGCUCAUCGUCUGGGGCACGAGCCGCCUCAACGUCUCCUGGGUCAACGCCCUCCGGCUCUUCCGGCUCUUCCGCCUCGUGAAGCACUUUGUGGCCGUCUUCUCCGCGGCCACCAGCGUCAGCCAGCACCCGAGCGUCCUGCAGACGAUCCUGCCCAUCCAGCUCACGCCCAGCACGACCUACAUGAUCCAGCUCGCGUACCUCUACUUCGUGAUCAUCAACAUCUCCGGCAUGGCGCUCUUCUACACGGCGGCGCGGCAGGGCCUCGAGAACUCGUGGGUCGCCGUGCACUCGGACGUCGACCUCCACACGGUCUCGCACUACAUCAUCUCCGUCUACUGGGCGCUCACGACCAUGUCGACCAUCGGCUUCGGCGAGUUCUACCCCACGACGGACGCCGAGCGCGUGGUGACCAUGUGCAUCGAGUCGCUCGGGGUCGUCCUCUUCGCCUCCGUGCUCGGCUCCAUCACCGCGCGGCUGCAGCGCAUGGGCAAGGAGGCCAUGCUGCGCGACGAGUUCCGCAGCAAGAUGGCCGCCAUGGACGCGUGGAUGAAGUCCGGGGGGCUGCCCGCCGCGCUCAAGGACCGCGUGCGCGCGUACUACCUCGACGUGUGGGGCAAGCGCGUGGGCGCGCCGUCGGAGGCCGAGUUCCUCGAGAACCUCCCGCACGCGGUGCGCGUGGAGGCGGCGGUCCACCUCACCUACGACACCCUGGCGGAGCUCGACAUCUUCAAGGGGCUGCACUCCAUGUCGAUGCGCGCGAUCUGCGGGAAGCUCGUGCCCGUGAGCGUCGCGCCGGGCAUCGACGUCGCGGCGGAGGGCGACGACGCGGACAGCGUCUACGUGCUGCAGGCGGGCAAGGCGGUGGUGGUGCACCAGGACAACAUCGUGGAGGUGCUCGAGGGGCCCGCGACGUUGGGCGAGUCCGCGUUCCUGCAGCACAUCAUCCCGGCGUACGCGCGCCGCCCGCGCGGGUUCCGCACCGUGGACAGCUACUGCAAAGUGUGGGAGUUGAAGCUCAAGGCGCUGCAGCCGCUGUUCGAGGGGUCGCCGAGCGUGCAGGCGACCGUGAUCCGAAAUACGACGACGCACCUGUGCGCGCGCCUCGCCGCGCACCCGGACUACGCGGACGAGCUCGUGCAGCUGCAGCAGUCCCAGGCAGCGACGCGGCGGGAGCUCAUGCAGCUCCGGAAGCACUCGACGCUGAAGGAGAUGCGGCUCCUCGAGCUGAAGAAGACCUCGAGGCAGCGCAUGUCGACGUUCGGGCUGCAGGACGUCGUGGAGGAGCAGGGCGGGGGCGACGCGGAUGCGGAGCAGGCGCGGGGGUCGCUCAAGCGGGAGGACAGCAGCGUGAAGCAGCUGCUCGACGUGUCGACGUCGGAAGAACCGGCGAGCUUGCGGACGGGGGAGGGGCGCAAGGCGGUCAACUCGCAGCUGCCCGCCACGUCCCUGCGCAGCAUCCCCUUUCACAGGAAAGCGCUGCGGCGGACGGGGUCGAAGCCGGACGCGCCGCCGACGGAGACGAGCGAGCCCGGCAGCGAGGCGCAGACGGCCUCGCGGCGCUGGGCCCAACUGGGCUCGUCCCGGCGGCGGGGGGCGGGAACGCGGGCAUCGCACGCGUCGGAGGCGACGCCGGGCAGGGCCGCGCGCGGGGACGGGUCGGACACGGGGGUCUCGGGGCCGGGGGACGGGCCUGCGCGGGAGGGGCUGGGCGCCUCGGAUGGCGCUGGGAGGCGGCAGCAGCACGAGGAGGGGGCGGUGGGCGAGGGGGACGCGGCGAGUGCGAGGUCGGCGUUCAGCUCGGACCAGGGCGGCGCGCGAAUAUGA